AUGGCGAAAGCUAAAGACAAAACUGCUGCACUUUACGGUAUCGGUGACCAUGUAUGGGUACCGUGCAGGUCUACUAUUUCCAAGAACGGUUUGCUCAAAAGUUCUGACGACCAAACCUCUGGUUCUAUUCAAGCUGUUAAAAUAACUUGCGAUAAAAUACGUUAUUGGCCUGCUAAAAUUAUUUCAAUCUUAUUUACUGGAAACCGACAACUAUUCUCAUUUAUUAGAGUUAUGUCUAAAGAUAAUUUUCAUUCUAAAACUCCUUCUGUGACAACAAGAUAUUUGGUUAAACUCGUGGGUCUAGAUAUAAACCAAGAAUUUAUAGAACAAGCUCUUAUUUCUUGGAAUACUUUUGAUCCUAAACCUUUACCGGAUGUCUCAAUUUCUCUUAAUUUCAAUUUAUUCAAAAAACAAUUAUCAGAUUUAUCUUCUUAUGAAAUAAUUGCUCUUUAUGUUCAUUCGGUAAGAAAAGUUUCCAAAGAAAUUGAACUAGCCGUUAGGGCACGUGACCGAGAUUCUAUAACUUCCGUUAAAAACGUUAAGCGUAUAAAGACUUUUCAUGACGAGAAAGGAAUUCAAGAUUCAAUGAAAAAUAUGUCACAAAAAAAUUCGAGAUCAAAAAAAGGCAAAAAAGGAGCGUCAACAUGUGGCAAGAAAUCUUUACCAAAAAAGUCACUCGCAAAGGCCUCUUCUUCUGUUGAUUCAAUUUCUAAAUCUCUAAUUACUGAAACUCGUUCAUUCCAUGAAUCAAAAUUUGAUUCGAAUCCUUCGAAAGAAAUUCCUGAAAGUAAUCUCUUUGAAGAUAAAUUUCAAAAGCAUUCAACUAACAACUACAAUGAUAGUAAUAAUCAUGCUAUUAAAACAAAAUUUAUAAAAUCCAUCGGCUAUGUUACCAUAGAUAAUAAUUUGUUUAGAACAACAAGAAGAGGUAAAGUUUUCGGCAAGUGGCGGCCCUCUAAAAAAUCCCGCCUAUCUGAAGAAACAAGCACGAACGAAAAGAAUGAAUCCGAUGAUAAUUCUAAUCAAGAAGUUAUGGAUGUCAGUAAGCAUAAAAAUAAAGAAAAUCCAUGCAUCCUACAUACAACGGAAUCUAAUGAAUCACAUGAAAGCGAUGAUUGUGAAUCUAUUACUCCGUGCACCCUACAUACAACAGAAUCUCAUGAAUCACAUGAAAGCGAUGACUGUGAAUCUAUUAUGGAUAUUGAUAAAACAGAAAAAGAAGAUACUAUGAAGCCUGAAGUGGUCGAGCAGCAGCAGCAAGCUGAUGAGAACUCAAUGUCGGUUUUUUCUUCACCUUUACAAUCUUUUCGUUCUGCGGUGUUGGGGCUCAACAUUUUUUCGUGGAGUAAUAAAGAAAAAUCAUCGUUUCUGAAGUAA